UCUGUGGUGAGGAUUAGCGGCAGCAAGGAAUGCAGUGGAGCCGUCACCUUUUCACCUUCUGGGGUUACUUGUGACAAUGCCAAUGAUGAGUUAGGCUUGCUGAGGGGCAGGCGCAGGAGUCCUGGCUGAGCUCGUGGCCUAAGGCUGCCUAGGGGCCGCGGGGAGUGGUUGCAAUGGCGGAGGCAGAGGCAGGGGUGGCAGUGGAGGUCCGUGGACUGCCCCCUGCCGUGCCUGACGAGCUGCUCACGCUCUACUUUGAAAACCGCCGACGCUCUGGAGGGGGACCUGUGUUGAGCUGGCAGAGACUGGGCUAUGGGGGCGUCCUCACCUUCAGAGAGCCUGCAGACGCUGAGAGGGUCUUGGCCCAGGCAGAUCACGAACUAGAUGGUGCCCAGCUGAGCCUGCGGCCAGCUCCACCACGAGCCCCUGCACGCCUGCUGCUCCAAGGACUGCCCCCGGGCACCGCACCCCAGCGCCUGGAGCAGCAUGUCCAGGCCCUGCUUCGUGCCUCGGGGCUCCCCGUACAGCCUUGCUGUGCCUUGGCCAGCCCCCGGCCAGACCGGGCUCUGGUCCAGUUGCCCAAGCCCCUUUCUGAGGCAGAUGUCCAUGUCCUGGAGGAGCAGGCCCAGAAUCUGGGCCUGGAGGGGACCUUGGUGUCCCUGGCCCGGGUUCCCCAGGCCCGAGCGGUGCGUGUGGUGGGGGAUGGUGCCUCUGUGGACUUGCUGCUGCUGGAGCUGUACCUGGAGAAUGAGCGCCGCAGUGGUGGGGGGCCCCUGGAGGACCUGCGAUGCCUACCCGGGCCCCUGGGCACUGUUGCCUCCUUUCAGCAGUGGCAAGUGGCAGAACGAGUGUUGCAGCAGGAGCACCGGCUGCAGGGAUCAGAGCUGAGCCUUGUCCCCCACUACGACGUCCUGGAUCCCGAGGAGCUGGCUGAGAAUACCAGUGGAGGGGACCACCCGUCCACCCUGGGGCCUAGGGCUACCAAGCAUGCUCUCCUGAGGACCGGAGGGCUGGUGACGGCUCUGCAGGGUGCAGGGACUGUGACAAUGGGCUCUGGCGAGGAACCAGGGCAGUCAGGGGCCUCUCUGAGGACAGGUCCCAUGGAGUCUCUGGGACAGGCAGAGCCAGUCAGCUCGCUGCCCAUGGGGUCUCUGGAACAUGAGGGGCUGGUAAGCCUGAGGCCUAUGGGGUUGCAGGAACAGGAGGGGGCCAUGAGCCUGGGGCCUGUGGGGUCUACAGGCCCAUUGGAGAUCUCUAAGGGGUUUCUGGGGCAGGAGGGCCUGGUGGAAAUGGCCAUGGACUCACCAGGGCAAGAGGGGCUGGUGGGUCCCAUGGAGAUCGCCAUGGGGUCUCUGGAGAAGGCAGGGCCUGUGAGCCCAGGACGUGUGAAGCCGGCGGGGCAGGAGGGCCUGGUGGAGAUGGUGCUGUUGAUGGAGCCAGGGGCCAUGCGCUUCCUGCAGCUCUAUCAUGAGGACCUUCUUGCGGGCCUGGGAGACGUCGCUCUCUUCCCACUUGAAGGACCGGAUGUGACCGGCUUUCGGCUCUGUGGAGCCCAGGCUUCCUGCCAGGCAGCUGAGGAGUUUCUGCGGAGCCUGCUGGGCAGCAUUAGCUGCCAUGUGUUGUGUCUGGAGCACCCGGGCAGCGCCAGGUUUCUCCUGGGCCCAGAAGGGCAGCACCUUCUCCAGGGGCUGGAGGCUCAGUUCCAGUGUGUCUUUGGGACAGAGCGCCUAGCCACAGCCACGUUGGACACAGGCCUUGAAGAGGUGGACCCUACCGAGGCCCUCUCAGUGCUCCCUGGCGACGCCCACACCCUGUGGACCCCAGACAGUACAAGUAGUGACCAGGAGGACGUGAGCCUGGAGGAGGUCCGAGAACUGCUGGCCACCCUGGAGGGCCUAGACCUAGACGGGGAGGACUGGCUGCCUCAGGAGCUGGAGGAGGAAGGGCCUCAGGAGCAGCCAGAGGAGGAGGCGACCCCAGGGCAUGAGGAGGAGGAGCCUGUGGCCCCCAGCACUGUGGCCCCCAGGCGGCUGGAGGAGGAGGCUGCUCUGCAGCUGGCCCUCCACCGGUCGCUGGAGCCUCAAGGUCAGGUGGCUGAGCAGGAGGAGGCUGCCCUGCGGCAAGCCCUAGCCCUCUCCCUGCUGGAGCAGCCCCCGUUGGAGGCAGAAGAGCCCCUGGAUGGGGCGACUAAUGGCAAGGCCCAGCUGGUGGUUCACUCGGCCUUUGAGCAGGAUGUGGAGGAGCUGGACCGGGCGCUCAGGGCUGCCUUGGAGGUCCACCUCCAGGAGGAGACAGUGGGGCCCUGGCGCCGCACACUGCCUGCAGAGCUGCGUGCUCGCCUGGAGCAGUGCCAUGGUGUGAGUGUUGCCCUGCGUGGUGACUGCACCAUCCUCCGUGGCUUCGGGGCCCACCCUGCCCGUGCUGCCCGCCACUUGGUGGCACUUCUGGCUGGCCCCUGGGAUCAGAGUUUGGCCUUUCCCUUGGCAGCUUCAGGCCCUACCUUGGCGGAGCAGACGCUGAAGGGGCCCUGGAACAAGCUGGAGCGUCUGGCAGAGAACACCGGGGAGUUCCGGGAGGUGGUGCAGGCCUUCUACGACACCCUGGACGCUGCCCGCAGCAGCAUCUGCAUCGUUCGUGUGAGUCCAUGCCCUGUCUCUCUGGCCUCAUGUCGUCCUGGGCUCUUGCACCGUUAGCACCUUGCCAAGCCUGUGGCCUGUCCCUCUCGCCUACAUCAAGGUCAGCUGACCAGGAGCGGACAGGCUCCCAGCCCUGUUCUCUGCCCAGAGAGUGUUCCCAAAGUGGGUAGGGAAACAGGAGGGAACAGAGUGGGGGCCUUGGGAUCUGAUAGGCCUGAGUGAGGGUCCCCACUCUGCCACUCGUGGCUGGGUCACCAGGGACUAUGGGACCAGCUCCAGGCCUCAGUUUCCUUAUUUGGAGCAUGGGGCGGUGAUUCCAUCUUGUGGUCAUUUUGAGGAUUACUCGUUCCACAAAUGCGUCCCUUGUGCUGUUCUGGGUGCUCUUCUGCCUCCACAGAAAGGCCCAGGCUUACUGCGGUCACUGUGCUGGGGUCACUGUGCUGAUGACACUGCGCGGGCACUCUCAACUCUUGAUGCUCAAAGUUGUGCGUGGGGCCAGUGGCAUCACCCUCCACCAGGAGCUGGUCAGAAAUGCAGAAAGAACCUCUGGUUGUCCCCAGACCUGACCACCGCCACCACCACCAUCACCACCAUCACCACCAUCACCACCAUCACCAUCACCACCGCCAUCACCAUAAUCACCAUCACACCAUCACCAUAAUCACCAUCACCACCAUCACACCAUCACCAUGACCGUCACCACUCACUGUCAUCACCACCACCAUCACCAUCACCACCAUCACACCAUCACCAUGACCCUUACCAGUCACUGUCAUCACCACCACAAUCACCAUAAUCACCACCACUCACCAUCAUCAUCACCAUCACCAUGACCUUCACUACUGUCAUCAGCACCGUCAUCACCAUAAUCACCAUCAUGAUCACCAUCAUCAUAACCUUCACCAGUCACUGUCAUCAUCACUAUCAUCAUCACUAUCAUCAUAACCUUCACCACUCACUGUCAUCACCACCACCAUCACCAUAAUCACCAUGACCACCAUCAUCACCAUCACCUUCACUACUCAGUCAUCACCAUCACCAUAAUCAUCACCACUCACCAUCAUCAUCACCAUCACCAUGACCUUCACUACUCACUGUCAUCACCACAAUCAUCAUCACCACCACCACCACCGCUAUGGCCACCAUCAUCACCAUCACCACCAUUAGCAUCACCACUGUCACUGUCAGCUUCACCAACACACCGUCACCACUCACCACCACCAGCAUCACCACCACCCAGAUGCACUGAGCUCAUAUCCUGGUGGUUUUGUUAAUUAUACGUACUUGGUUCUUCCAGUGAGUACCUUUAUGACUUUAAAUGGUAUGCUUGAAUUUUUUUUUUCACUUAACAGCUUUAGAGACUGUUUCUUGCCUUCCUGCAUGGAAGAUGAGGAGAAUGGUCCUCGCUUCUCUCUCUUUUGCCUCCUCCCUCAUCUUCCAUCUCAAUUUGGUCAGUUACAUUAUUUUUAUUAUGUAGUAAAGGUUUCUGUAACUAUCACAAAGCCUCCAUGCUUGGGCCGUAGGUUGAUAGACAUACUAUAAUAAUGAAAAAAUAUUUACUACUGAGCCAUAGAAAGAGAAAUGAAAUCCUAGUUAUUAAAAUUGUGUUCUGUGAAAAAGA